UGUGUAUAUAUCAAUCAUGCUUAUUUUUUAAAUAUGGGGAUCAGCUACCCAGUUUUUAGCCGUUCAUUAAAGAAAAUGUGAGAAAUUGCUGUUUUAAGAAGGGGUUAAGAUACACAGAUACUCGUCCAAUAGCACAGGAGAGCAUUUUUUUCCAAGAGGGGGAUAAAAGCGAAACCCAGAGGAUAUAAUGGGUAUUUUUAAAGACCCACCACCAGGAAUGUGUGUUGUUGCUGAUGAUCAGGAUGUCACAAAGAUUCAUGCUUUGAUAACUGGGCCAUUUGAUACACCAUAUGAGGGUGGAUUUUUUUACUUCAUAAUUCGUUGUCCACCAGAUUAUCCCAUUCAUCCACCACGUGUCAAAUUAAUGACAACUGGUCAGGGACUUGUGAGGUUUAAUCCAAAUUUAUACAAAAAUGGAAAAGUGUGCUUGAGUACACUUGGAACGUGGAGUGGACCAGCUUGGAGUCCAGCACAAACUUUGUCAAGUCUCCUUAUCUCCAUCCAGUCACUACUAAAUGAGAAACCUUACCAUAAUGAACCUGGAUUUGAGCAGGAAAGACGAGCAGGAGACAGUGAUAAAUAUAAUGACUGUAUACAACAUGAAACAUUAAGGGUGGCUGUCUGUGAUAUGCUUGAAGAUGAAUCAUUCUGUUGUCCACCACUAAGAGAAGUGAUGAUUCGUUCGUUCCCUGAUUUUUAUUGUUAUUACGUCUCUGUUGUGAAAGAAAAGUCCUAUCUAAAUGGGAGACCGAUGCAGGAUCCGUUUGGUGAUAAAAGAGGAAAAUUCGAUUAUGAAAGUAUCUUGACAAAACUGGAGAAAAUAAAGUCGGAUUUGCACAGUAAACAACCUCCUAAUACCUCUCCUAAAGCUUCCGAGGAUAGUUCUGGUGACAACUGAUUAUAAAAUAAUCUGUUGGUACAGCGUCCAAAUUAGAUUUCAAAUUGCCAGCAGUUGAUAUUCAAAAUUCCCUUGUCAAUUUGAUCUAAAAAAUUUGCAAUAAUAUUAAAAGGACUAGACAUAGGACUAUGGACAACAGGAGCACUUUUUUAGUGUAGUGAGUCCUGUUGUUCGCGUGGUCUAGUCCAGGACUGUUAGACUAUUAUUACGGUGAUGGUAAUUUCACAUUUAGUUUUAUCGUUUUGUAAACCACCCGCUCCCUUAGCAAGCAGACAGUCUAACAGCUAUAAUACACCUCAUACCAUGAUUUUACCUACAUUUUUAAUAUCGCAUUUGUGUUGAAAAAAAGUGCCAGAAUCUUCUCGUAUGAGUUGAGGUCGUUGUAGGUAAGGUUGAUAUUCUAUCGUUGCCACGGUUUCGUUAGUCUGUUGGUCGAUAUGUGUUACCAGU